ACAUCAGUAUUAACUCAAGAAAUCCGGAAAUAUAAAGAAUUCACUACAUUAAAGCUCAUAAAUAAAGUUCUGUGUAAUAAAGUGGAAUGACUCGGGGGGAAAAGUAUUGAACACGCUAAGAAAAAGCAGUUCUCCAAGGCAAGGUAAGGCAAGGAACCAGCUGAAAUCCAUAAGUAAUUACACCCCCUAUCUGUGCACAUUAAUAUGAGCUGGGUUAGUAAAUUGAUGGUCUAUAAAAAGGCUUUUCAUUACCAGGGCGUCACACAAGAAACAUCUCAUGAUGGGUAAAAGCAAAGAGCGCGCCCAAGACUUUCACAACCUUAUUGUUGUGAAACAUAUUGAUGUAACCGGAUACAGACGUAUUUCAAAACUUCUGAAUCCUCCAGUAAGCACCACUGGGGCCGUUAUCCACAACGGUGACAGAAUGGUCACAGACAAAAGAAAGAAAAAGAACAGCUACAAGAAAGAAAGAAAGAAAGAAAGAAAGAAAGAAAAUGAUCAGGAAAAAGAAAAAGAAGUAAGAAAGAAAAAGAACAGGGACAAAAAAGAAAGAACGAAAGAAAGAAAUAAAGAAAAUGAUCAGGAAGAAGAAAAAGAAAAAGAAUGUUAAAAAAGAAAGCACAUAAAAGGAAGGCGAAACGGAAACAGAAGAUAAAAAGAAGGAGAACUCCACAGUUGGUGGCGGGAGGUGUUUUUAUAUUGGAAUUUUCCCGCUGCAGUUACACGGUCUGACCAGCAGAUGUCGCGGAUGUCGCGUUGUUUGAUAACCCUAACUGAUGUUUAGCUUUUCGUAAAACUUAAUUCCGCGUCGUGUUUAUUCUAAACGUCCUAAACAAAAACGUCCUUUGUGUAAACUGAUCCAUCAUCUCGCCUUCUACACGCGCACAGGAAGUCAUUUUCGCGAACCAGUCACUAAUAAGCGUGCAAAUAAACACUUGCGACAUCACUUCCGCACUACAUUUCAUGCACAGUAAUACACCUCCCAGAAUGCACUGCGCGGCGACGUGUAGGCACGUGGCUCGGCUUCCUGGUGUGAAGCCGCUGCGGUGUGAUUAAAGGUCGUUGGUGUGUUUCUCAGUAACUACAGGGCGUCAGAGAGUUUUACUGAGUUCAGCUCACUGAUACAGUGCAGCAUCACAGGACGGGCGCACAGGAAGAGGAAGUCGAGAGAUCCGUGAUCAGUGUCAUGCUCCUUCUGCGUCGUUAUGGAUCGUAACGUCGUAAACGGCGACGCAGAGUCCUCGUCCGCGCCGGUGUACCGACUCGAGAGACCCGUGUUCAGCGAAGAACACCUCGACACCCAGCUGCAUAAGAAAGAACGGAGGCUUAAGCCUGUUCGACAGAGACUAGCGGACCGCUGCCGCUGUUCAUCUGAAAAAGCCAAAUCCAUCAUCUUUGGCCUUCUCCCCAUCUUCUCAUGGCUGCCAUCGUAUCCAGUGAAGGAGUAUCUGUUUGGAGACAUCGUUUCAGGUCUCAGCACAGGAGUCAUGCAGCUGCCUCAAGGUCUUGCCUAUGCGAUGUUAGCUGCUGUUCCUCCAGUCUAUGGCCUGUAUUCGUCGUUCUAUCCUGUUCUUCUCUACACGUUCUUCGGCACCUCCAGACACAUAUCGAUAGGCACGUUUGCGGUGAUCAGUCUGAUGGUUGGUAGCGUGGCGGUGAGAGAAGCGCCGGACUCCAUGUUCCCUCUGAACUCCACUAACGGGACGGAGCUGAUCGACGUGGCGGCUCGAGACGCCAGGAGAGUGCAAGUGGCCGUGGUCGUCACCGCGCUCAUGGGACUUAUUCAGCUGGUGCUCGGCAUGCUGAGGUUCGGCUUCGUGGCGAUUUAUCUGACCGAGCCGUUGGUGCGAGGCUUCACCACGGCCGCUGCAGUACACGUGUUGGUCUCUCAGCUGAAGUACUUUUUCGGGAUUAAAACCCAGCGCUACAGCGGGCCGUUAUCGGUCCUCUACAGUCUCGUCGCUGUGUUUAAAGACAUCAGCAGCACUAACGUCAGUACGCUGAUUGUGGGACUGGUGUGUGUCGUCUUCCUCUACGGCGUGAAGGACGUUAACGAGCGUUUCAAAAAGAAGCUGCCCAUCCCCAUUCCCGGAGAGAUCAUCGUGGUGCUGGUCUCGACGGGGAUUUCGUACGGCAUGACUCUUUCGGAGAACUACCAGGUGGAUGUUGUCGGAGAAAUCCCCACAGGACUCCGAGCGCCGACUGUUCCGGAUUUCAGUCUCAUCCCCAACCUGAUCACGGACGCCGUGGCUCUGGCUGUGGUGGGAUUCUCCAUCGGGAUCUCCUUGGCUAAAAUAUUCGCGCUCAAAUAUGGCUACAGUGUGGACGGAAACCAGGAGCUGAUCGCACUGGGGUUGUGUAACUCUGUCAGUUCCUUUUUCCACACCUUCGCCGUCACCUGCUCGAUGUCUCGCAGUUUGGUGCAGGAGAGCACGGGCGGAAAGACUCAGAUCGCAGGGUUGUUGGCCUCCUUACUGGUCCUCCUGGUGAUUUUGGCGGUCGGGUUUGUGUUCCAGCCUUUACCGCAGACCGUUUUGGCUGCGAUCAUCAUGGUCAAUCUGCUGGGCAUGUUCAAACAGCUCCGAGACAUCCCUGCUUUAUGGAGAACAAGCAAGAUUGAACUGGCGAUUUGGGUGGUGGCCUUCGUGGCAUCCGUUCUGCUGGGGUUGGAUUACGGACUCCUGGUGGCCAUUACAUUUGCUAUACUCACAGUCAUCUACAGAACACAAAGCCCUAAAAGUGUUAUCCUCGGGCAAAUCUCCGACACUGGACUUUACUACGACACUGAGGAAUAUGAAGAGGCUGCAGAAUGCUCAGGAAUUAAGAUUUUCCACUCCAAUUCUUCGAUCUACUUCGCCAACAGUGACCAGUACGUGAGCACUCUGAAGGAAAAAACAGGCGUCAAUCCCGCUCAGCUGCUGGCUGCGAGGAGAUCCCAGCGGAAGCGGCUGAAAAAGAGAGGAGACAAGAAACGCUCGCAUCGCAGCCCCGAGCAGAAGAAGGAAACGGUAGUUAAACUGGAUAUGGAGUUCGGCGUGAGUCACGAAGUGGUGGACGAAUCUCAGACAGAAGUGGAAUCGCAAGUUAACGGACGACUCGCAGAGGCCGAGUCGGACACCGAGGAGGAUCGCUUCCUCCAGCCGCUCUGUCCCGUCCACUCCAUCAUCCUGGACUUAACGUCCGUCAACUUCAUGGACUCUGUAGGAGCCAAAGCUAUUAAAUCUGUGAUCAAGGAGUUUGCAGCCAUAGAUGUGAAAAUCGUGCUCGCCGGAUGCAGCCGGAGUCUACUGUCUGAUCUCAGGACUCUGCAGUUCUUCAGCGAUCCCGUGACCCUGGACAUGGUCUUUCCCACCACCCACGAUGCCGUGCUGCACUGCCAACACGCCAGGCUGCCCUCCCCGGGGCCUGCCCUGCCAGCCAGCGAGCACACAGGAAACAGGAAGUGCUCUUCUUCUGAAGGGCAGGAAUGACCAGCGUUUUAUGAGUACAAAAGCAUUUAGAAGAACUAGGACCUAGAGACGUUGAGCACUUUUUUAUCUGUAACAUCUCCUGCCUUUAAACUCCUCACGCGUCUGCGUGAGUAAAACACGUUCUCUACGAACACAACACUGCACUCGGGUACACACACGGACGUGGACUCGGACUCGGACUCCUAAUUCUUUAGCAAUCUGAUGUAUGUUUGGUUUUUUUUUGACUGAAUGCACUCUUUGGGGAAAACUGAGUUUUAAGGUGUUUUCAUACUUGAUUUGUUUUUGGUUUUUUUUCUCCCCUCAAUCACUAUCCAUGUGCAGAGGUCGUACAUGUAACCCUGUGAGAGAAGCUUUAAACGGCUUUAUUUGGUGACCUUUUUAAUUAAUCAGUUUAAAAUGAUAAUAAUAAUAAUGUGACUAUACUGCUGAAAGACACAAUAGAAACCCUCAUAGAAUUUUCUAAUGGUUUUAAUGGAAACUAUAACAGUCCCUGCGGAUGUGUACUGGUAAUUUGUUGCCUUCUAUCGGUGGCAUGUUAUGUCUAGUGGAUACCAUUAAGGACCUGGAAUGGUUUUACUGGUUAGCUAAUGGCUUGUUAUUUGUAGUGGAAACCAUUAGAAUUUCAUUUCUGUGAUGGAUUCUAUUGUUUUUAUUUCGGUGCCAUUUUAUUUAAACGAUUAUUUAAAACGUGACCAAAACAAAACCAAAAAUAUUAGUAAUAACAAAACAUUCAGACGAAUGCACGACGACUUUAAUAACUAAGCAUAUAAGGAAAUAAAUGACUCGUUCACGUAUUCCUUCCCCGUCACACUUCUCCGACUUUUGACUGACGUUAAGCGCGUCUCUACCUCCUGACCAAUCAAAUCGCAGCACAAAGUGCCAGUGAGUGAAUAUGAGGAGAUUUACACCGUGUCGAAACGAUCUUUAUUUCAUCUGUGUUACUGAGAAUCGACUCCAGAGCGUACGCUAACGGACACCGGGAACGCUGAAGAGCGUUGCUAUGGUUACGGUGUCUGGUUCUUUACUUCCUGACGUGUCGAUUUAACGUGUGAGGAAAAACGAGCUCGGAAGCUGUUACAGUGUUAUAGUUUAUAGUCGAAAUGCUGGUGAAGAUCAAAUUUUCUAUUUAAGAUGCUUGUGUGUGAAUGUGUGUGUGUGUGUGUGUUUUGUACUUUUCCCUGGAUUUCGAUUUCCAGGGCGCAGGUCCAGAGAGACUGUGUUAUAAACUUAAGUUAUUGUAUGUUUAUUCAUCUGCCAAAACAAUCCAGACUGAUUGAUACUGUUAUGAAAUUGUUAAAAUUAUUCUUCACAUUUGUUUCAUGUAUUAUUGUGAAUGUUAAAAAGAAAAGUGGUGUGUGUGUGUGUGUGUGUGUGUGUGGGGCUUGUUAUGAAACCAUGUUACACUGAAGCUGUGUAGUUCUAUAUGAACCUAACACUAUUUUGUGCUUUUUAGAGGUAUUUUGUAUAAUAAAAGGAAAUAUAGGAAAUAUAUCAAA